GAGCGCUUGCGAUGUGAAGACUUGCAGAGAAUUUUCAGUCGCCGUCGCCACCGUCGUUGCGGGGACCGCCAGUAUAUAAGCAAUCUCUGCACCCCGGUCCCUUCGCCCAUCACUUUUCGCGUUCUUGUCGUCCUCGUCGUCGUCCACCACGCAAUCCACAGCCUACGACCGCCAUUAACGACUGUUGCCUAUUGUGGCUAGCUCAUCCUCCGCCCGAGGCCGUUGCCCAUCCCUAGAUACCGUAUCAAUUCAAAAUCAUCUCGUGCACUAGUCUACUUCUUACCUGUGCUUUACACUUUUCAUCGUCUGGUCUGUCCGCUCUGUCGUUGACUCUUCCCGCCGUCGCCUAUUCUGCCAUCCAUACGGUUGCCAGGAUCUCCUACCCGAGCCUUUGCCCGAGGCUGAGCUUGUUUGCGAAUGGCCAAGAAGAACGCAAUCAUCUUUGGUGGUCUCAAUACCUGCUCUCGUGCACUCGCAGCGUACCUAGUUCCUCCAGAUGGCGACUCUCUCGUUGGGAAUCUUUGCAUAGUCGAUAAAUACUCCGUGUCGCCGCCAACAACAUAUCUCGGCGCAGAGUUUACCAAAGUGCUUGCGAAACCCAAUGUCACAUACAGGCAGGCCAACCUCACUAUUCCUUCGGCCGUCCAUGCGUGCUUCGACCCACCCGAGGGCCAGGAACCCUACGCUUACGUGUUUGACCUCACCGGUGAGAUCCAAUGGGAUCGUCCCGAGGCGGUGCAGAUUAACAAUACGUUGCGCGUUGCGCGUCACAUUGGCACCGAGGCUGCCCGCCGCGGCGUUGCCGCGUACGUGCGCAUGAUGCUCCCGUUCUACGAAUGCAAGGAGAAGGGUACGCAUGACGAAAAGGAGGACGUGAAGCCGGAUGGUGUGCUUGGGACGUGGUGGCACGAGACGCUCAGAACGCUUGGUGCGAUUGACGGGCUGAACCUGGUGAUCGUUCGAAAAGCACUCGUGUAUGGCCCAUACAUCGACUAUGGACCGAUCAUGACAUAUAUCACGAUGGGCGCUGUGUAUGGCUAUCUGAAACAGCCCCUCAAAGCUCUAUGGUCCCCAGGCAAGCAUCCGACGCACACUAUUCACGCGACGGACGUUGCUGGGGCGUUCUGGGCAUGCGCGGAGUGGAUGGACCGUGUUGGUGGUCGCAAGGAGGCGGAUGCGCUUGCAGGGGAGGAGCUUCCGUUCAAGAACGACAAGAGUAAGGCGGACAUUGACGGCGUUAUUGCUCCGGAUAUGAAGGUUGUCGCACCGCUGUUCAAUCUGGAGGACGAUGGGCAAUUGCAAAUGGUUGAUCUCGGGAACAGGAUCGCCUCUGCAUUCGGAACGACAUUUGAGUUCUUCAAUCUUAUGACUAAUCUUGCGGCAAAGUUCAAGCUGGAAGACGUCGUCGAAGACAUUAAUGAGGAGCACGUCUCAACAUGGACGAAGAUGAUAACCGAGUCAAACCCCCCUGUGCCCAACACGCACUUCACUGCAUAUACGGAUGUGUACAAUCUUCGGCGCCACGUUGUCGCGUUCAAUAAUGCGAAACUCAAGCGCAUUGUCGGUUACGAGAUCAAGCGUCCGCAAUUCGACGAGAAGGCUGUUCUCGAGCUGGUCGACAAGCUAAAAGCGGAGGGCAGCUGGCCCAACAUCGAGUCCUAACUCCAACGUGCGGGACUUGCAGAAAACGGAGCGUGCUUUCUCCCAGAUUUGCGGGGCCGCAGCACUCACCGUGACGAUUAAUCUUAAUGAACGGCGACGAAGGAUGAUGAAGCAUGCAUGGAUCAAUAAUAACAUCAACAAUAAGGAUAUGUCCUGUGUCUCACUACCGUCUGUCUCAAUCUCCAUCUCUCAUUUUCUUUCGUAUUUGCAGAGCCUCGGUUGAGCUGCUUCUCUUAAUCCCUCACAUCCCACUAUUGCGUAUUUUCUAUAUGGAUGUUCAGCUAUUUGCUAUUUGCUUCAGUAGUGUAUGCCCGUGUCGGAUGCUCUCGUUCUGUAAUCUGCACUGUAAUAUCUUCCUCGAUCGCCCAUGAUGGGACUAAUGCUAUGGGCUGUUGUUCUUCCAUUAUAUCCACAUUUGAAAUGGCUUUGAUCCUGCCGUUUUGCUUCCGUGCGUAGUCAGAUUGGUGUACACGAUGAAGAUCAAUGGAUUGCA